CUGACAUUCUCUCCCCCCUCAAACUUUUCAGGAACAGCUUUAUAGUUCAAUCACAAAUAUUAUAUAUAAUAUACUGUAAUUGAAUUAUAGUAAAAAUUGAGAAUUAGUAUAUUUAAACCAUUGUUUAUAUAUUUUACAAUGGGUAAUAUAAAUAGUACUGACGAAAUCCUCUGUUCAUACAGUAUAUUAUAUAUAUAUCUCUUCAUUGUAAUUUUCUAUUCUUUUUAUUUUUCGUCAUGGGUAAGAAAUUUUAUGAAACUAAAGAAGGUUACGACGUGAUAAUAUAUGCUGGUGAAAAAUCAUAUAUAAAAGAAUUUCAUACUCAUUCAUUCGUAUUAAGAACACAAUCCAAAUUUUUAAAAAGAAAUUUAUUACAAAAUAUGGUGUCAAAAAAAAAAGAUGAUUAUUUUAUUAUAAAUUCAAAUAAUUCACCUGAAGUAUUUGAAAUUAAUUUUAAGAUGUUUCAGGUUGUGGGAAUAUACAGGAUGACGCUGUUGCAGUUUUGCGAUAGAUUGCAAUACGCUAACCUUUCAGCUCAGAACGUUUGUUUUUCGGUCAAGAAACGAAAGCUUUGUUGCUCUCCCAAACGAUCUGUUUUUAUCGGAGGAAAUCUGAUGAAAGUGAACAAAAAACAAUUAACAGAAAGUAUAAACUCUAUAAUGGAAACAAUGAAUUUUGACGUUAAUAAUUAUCAUAUUCUAAAGGGGCAAGACAGCGAUUUUAAUAAAAAGCUGGCAGCUGUCACAGAUGACAACGAAGAUAACGAAACUAUGAAACCGACUUGGACACUCACAACCGACUUUUAUGUGGCAGAGAAUAGUUUUAUCGUAAAUGUGAAGCUAUCAGUUGUAUUUUUGUCAAAAUAA